AUGUGGCACCUCAGCCACCAUACUCUUGAGGCGUGGGCGUCGACAGCGGGCCUUAUUGAGCGCGCUAUUGCUGCUAAUAAAUUCGAAAAAGAAUUUCUACGUGCUCAAUUGCAUUUCGAAGAUAUGGCACGCGGGGUGCGGGAGUUGGGUGGGGUACGGGGUACGGCCGCUCUUUAUAGCAACCGAGUCAAGCUUCAGGCUUCAACCCUCCACUUCAGUGCUCAAGGCGAGGGAAUCUGA